AUGGCCGAGGUGGUAGGCCUAGUCGCCAGUGUCGUGCAGCUAGCUGGCGCAGGCUUGAAGCUGUCCCAAACGCUGUACCAGUAUGCCGAUGGUGUGGCUUCUGCCGAUCGCAGAAUCAAGGAUAUCGCGAACGAGGUCAAGCUCACAAGCUUCGUCAUCCAAGAGCUGGGGGCCAUCUUCGAGAGAGACGAGACUGCAAACCUGAUUUCAGAAAAUGCAGUCAGGACGGCGAACGAGACGAUCAAGGAGUGUUUUGCGGUUUUCACGGAACUUGAGCUGAAAAUCAACAAGGGCAAGCCAGGAAAAAUGGGUCGGCUGAUGUUGCCCUUCAAAGACAACAAGAUCGAACUGCUGCGGAGCCAGAUUGAUAAACUCAAAAGUACAUUGGAGCUGUUGAUGCAGGUGCUCAUACACGCCCAUCAAGUUUCAUCGGAGAAGUACAACCGCGAAGCUGAAGCGAAGCACCGGGAAGAGAUCAAGCAAUUGCUUGAGAACAAGAAGCAGGCCACAAAGAAGUACGAGGAGUCGCUGAGAAACUUUAGUAUAAGCGAUGGCAGUACUGUUGUAGAUGAUGGCGAUCGAUCGCUACGGGACAAAGACGACAUUGAUCCGUCGUCUGACCUCUUCAACACUGCUGGGGCUAUCGGCUCAACAAUCAACCCCGAUACGCUUGCCACAUGCGUGGACCAUGUACGAAGCUUGCUUGCAGACAUUGAGACGCUGCAGCUGGCUUUGGCCGAACAAGUAAAUGGCGAUGACCACUCAGAUCACCAUCAGAAGGCUAUCGGAUCCUACUUUCUCGCUCGCUCUCAUCUCGACAGUGUCCUGCUUGGCAAAUCUCAAGCCAAUGUCACUGAUACACAAAGUCAGCCAUGGAUCAGCAAGACGAGCACCCAGGCUAGUGUAUCUGCUACGCGAGAUGAGACACUAAAGGAUGAAGAUGUCGGCAGCUCUCCGAAGGAGCGCCGCCCAUCUGCAUCUAUCAUUGUCGUUGACCCCGUAACCCCAACUUCUAAAAAAGACAAAAAGAACGAUAAGAAGAAAGCAAUGGAAGCAGAUCAGAGCCGUUCGAAACAAUCUGUGAUUCGAGGGCACCGUCAGAGAGAGAAUAUGAGUGCACAGCUACAAGAACAACGACGAAGAGAGCCUGAGAAAUGGGAACAGCCAAUUAGGGAUCCAGCUUCGACUCCUCCAGCUGCCAGAUUGCAAAACAAUGAGAGACUACAUGGUGAUGAGAGAGCUCAAACGCCAUCGCUAGUAGUUUCCGAGCCUAAAGUCACGUCUGAAUACGCUUAUGUGCACGUAACGCCUGAUGGUUCCCGUACGCGAUAUUUGACGAGCCCUAUUGUCCGUGUAGAAAAUUAUAGCAGGGCGGACUCGCCUGAGAGAGGUCCCGCCGACCCUUUGGAAAUUGAACUUGAGAUUGAACCAGUGGCAUCUUCGAAGAAGAGCAAAAAGGCAAAGAAGAAGAAUACGGGUAGGACAAUCGAGAUCGAUGCCGGAUUUGUCGGCGAUGAGGUGUUGCCAACGAGAUUGGCAAGCCCACGUCUGACGGAACAGCAGUUGAAUGAUUUCGAGAUUGUUGACAUCCGCAGAGGGAGCAAUGGAAUGGAUGAAGUGGAUGCAUUAUUGAGGGAAUGGACGACUGUACUUGAGUGA